CUUGCAGUAGUAGUAGUAGUAGUAACGGAGGAGGAGUAGUAGUUGUUUCUGUUGGUAAAGAAGAGGGACAACUGCUCAGAAGCCCCCAGCUCGUCGCCUUAGAAUAUUCCGACCUCAAUCUCUCUCACAAUUUUUCCCAGGACUUGGGUCAUGUUCGAAUUAGGCAACAUGUGAACCCUCUUUGUGCGUCACUCUCGGUGCCGGCACCAGUUCCAGACUGGAGUGAAGUAUAUAGGGACUCGACAUUGCCACUUAUGGUGGAUAUAGGGAGUGGUAGUGGCAGAUUUCUUAUGUGGCUUGCAAAAAGAAAUCUGGAUUCGAAGAAUUAUUUGGGACUUGAAAUACGGAAGAAAUUGGUCAAACGUGCUGAGCACUGGGUAAAUGAGUUGGCAUUAAGAAAUAUACAUUUCAUGUUUGCAAAUGCAACGGUUUCUUUCAAACAACUCAUAUCGACAUACCCCGGACCCUUGAUGUUAGUUUCCAUCCUGUGUCCAGACCCUCAUUUCAAGAAAAAGUAUCAUAAAAGAAGGGUUUUGCAGAAGCCUUUAGUGGAGUUUAUUGUAGAUAGUUUAAUGCCUCGAGGACAGGUAUUUAUACAAUCUGAUGUGCUUGAAGUGGCACUUGACAUGAGGGAAAAGUUUGAUGCUGUUUCGGAUGAGCUUAUGCACAUUGACAAAAUUGACACCAGCAUGCUUUGUGAUGAUGAGGGGUGGUUAGUGAGUAAUCCAAUGGGAAUAAGGACAGAGAGAGAGAUCCAUGCAGAAUUUGAAGGUGCAAAAAUAUACAGGAGGAUGUAUCAGAAGCGGAUAUAAAUAUAAUUUAUUUUUGUCUAGCCAUUAUUUGCUUAGGAAGGAUAGCUUGUUAUGCACUUUUGCUCCAAUCCUGUUGUGUAGAACCAUGUAAUAACCCCAGGUGCCCAGUUCCUUUGUGCUUCAAGAGUCAAUUAGUUCAGCCCCUGAGUUUUGAGAUGUGCAGAAGUGGCUUUUUUUUGUU